UUGUUAUGAAAUGCGUAGUUGGACCACAGCUUCCCUACAAUGGAAUGUGGAUGCUGUGUGCAGUGGUUAAUGUCGUGUGCAAAUUUUUGAUUGUUAAUUUGAUAUUGCGAGUGAUAUAUUAAGUAAACUAAUGACAUCAUUAAGUUCACUAUAUAAUUGAUUUUUUUUUAUGAUGUUAUCACACUUAUUGGUUUAUUUAGCCUCAAAAAUACGCGCGAAAUAUUCCUACGCUAGAACAAGUAAACAAAUGUCAGAAAUAGAGAGUAGGACAACUAAUGGAUGUUAGUGAGUGCCUGAGAAAUAGUGAUUGUGGUAGGAAAAAAAUAAGUAAAAGGAGCACGUUGUUAAAGAGGAAUUUAAAGGGCUAAACCGGUAUUCAUGUUACGGAAGGAUAUAUCCAGACAUUUAAAUUUUUAAAUGGCCCGACCAUCUGAGUCUUGAAGAUCGUGCUUCACGCACUGGUCAUAGAGUACACGUGUAUCAGGUGUUGCUGCUUUUCAUGUAAAUUGAUCUUCCUAUAUCAGCUGCACCUCCACUAUCCUAACGUGAUGCUGAUGAUGAAAAAAAGAAGAAUACAUUGGAUAUGAAUUCAAAAAGAGGAAUACAAAGUCCAGAACAACUGCUGGACUUACUACUAGAUAGCAUAGAAAAAAGUUGACUCAUGUCAGAAUGAAUAAAAGUAAUUUUAUGAUCACAAAGAAAAGGAGGUUAUUGACAAAAUGAUCAACUACCAGCUUGGACCUGUCUCUCUGAAUUUCGUUUGAUGUUGAAACACUUUCAGCUGGUUACAGAUGCGUUACGACAUGCUUACACUAGUGACAGCGGGCUAAUGGACACAGAUCCUGGUCGACUUGGCAGUAUGACAGCCAUUAAUUCAGGUCCGGUCGGCGAAGUAGGAGGUGUAAGGCUGCCUCUGCAGUCGUUGCAUGGAUACGGAUCUGUGUUCAUGUAUUCUGCAUCAACGAGUCCCGGUGGUGCAAGUGGACAGAGUAGCGGAGGCGGAGGUCAAGUAACCCUCCGCCUCCGCGAACCUGAAGAUAUACCUGAGGAGGUGCUUGCACGUCUAGAAGACACAGCCACGCUUUCGAUUUCCCUUCAAGGUGAUGCUGUGCUUAGACUUGGUUCAGCUGAAACUGGAAAUAGCAAUUUGGAAUUGUUCGACAGUGAGAGUGGCCCGGACCUCACACUAUCACCUCAGACAUUUACGUCAACAGCGGAAGCCUUUAUAAAUGACAAUAGCGACAGCCUUGGGGUUCCUGGUGACAACGACAUGGGCAGCAGCGAAGAAUCCAGAACAGGUCCAGGAGAUCCAGGGAAGCUUGGAGUAAAGAAACCACGUCCUAAACCUUCAUCCCCAAACCGCCAAGGACCUCAACAAUGUCAGGUGUGUGGUAAAGUGUUUAACAACGCCUCAGCAUUGACAAAGCACAAAUUGACACACAGUGACGAGAGAAAGUAUGUUUGUACGAUGUGUGGAAAGGCAUUCAAGCGGCAGGAUCACUUGAAUGGCCACAUGUUAACGCAUAGAAACAAAAAACCAUUUGAAUGCAAAGCAGAGGGAUGUGGAAAGUCAUACUGUGAUGCACGAAGUUUGCGUAGACAUACAGAAAAUCAUCACGCUGGUAGUAAAGUAAAUGAGAGCGUGAGUCCAAGCAGUCCAACAACAGGACCGCAUACACCCAACACCCCAGGCAGUAACCCAAGCACGCCAAGUACACCCGGAGCACAAGCCACACAAAACGGUCAUGGACAUACGGCCCUCAAGCAACUUCUCGCCACAGAACCCGCACAAACUCAACUGCACAAGAAUUCAACAUCAAGUAACGAUGGAUUAACAAAGCAACAGAUUGAGUUAAUCCAACAAAUAAUGCAGCAAACUCAACAGCAGCAACAGCAGUCUUCGAAUUCACAACCGUCGAUGACUAAUUCACCAUCCACGGCUGUAACGCAAAUUUCCAAGAGUGGAAAACCAACAGCCAAGUCUACGACAUCCCCCAGCAACGGCUCGACCACAGGAAAUGGAGCUGGGAAUAGUAAUAAUACCAGUUCUAGUCCCAAGCCAAAGGUCUGGAGUCAAGGCCAACAACAACAACAACAACAACAGCAACAGCAACAACAAAAUCAAAAUUCACAUGGGCAGUCACAAUUACAGCAAGUCAAUUCACCAGGAAGUGCAAAUGCUGCUGCUGGAAAAUCUAGUCCAUCACCAUCAAACUCGGCAUCACCUGGUGUUACAACUCCUAAUAAACCAGUUACUGAAUCUAAACUCGUUGAAUGCAGUCUAUGUCGACGUCAAUUUAAGAACAUCCCAGCUCUCAAUGGCCAUAUGAGACUUCAUGGUGGAUAUUUUAAGAAGGAUGGAGAAAAUAAGAAGAAUGAAAAAAAAGAAACGCCUGGACCACCGCUUCAAACAGCUUCUGUUAAUGUACGAGCUCUCAUUGAAGAGAAAAUCAUCCAAAAAAGAACUACAGCAACAGAAGCUAACACUGCUCUAUCACGAACUCACCCUACUGUAUUUACAAGUCAAGCAGCUGAUAUUUCGACUCAUGUUAUUGGAAAAAGCAACUUCGCAGUUCCAGCACCACCUCCUCUAGUGACUGGUGAUAAAAUCCGACGACUAUCUGAUAGUGAACACUUUAGACAACCAAACAUCACAGUAGGAAAUCAUGCCAAUGUACAAAAGCAGCUCCAAGAAGCACAAACACAAGCACAAGCUCAAGCUCUUGCUGAUAUGAUUUUGAAGAGUACAACUAAGAUGACGGUUAAAAGAGCAACUUCAGAUCCCGGUCAAAGGGUUCAGCUAACUUACCAAUCUAGUCUCCAAACAUCAAGCAACCAGCAGUCACAACAACCAAAUCAAGCUCAAUCGCAACCUCAGCAAGCAGUGACUGAAAGCUUCGCUAUGACCAAUUACUCCGAAGACGGAGGAUAUUUUAGUCCAAGUUUACAAGACGAAGUAUUUCAACAAGUUACUGCGGUUCCAGACUCAGUGCUGUUACAAGCUAGUCAAUUAGACUCCAUUCAGUUUCAAGCAUCAAGUUUACUCCAGGAGCAAUCAUCAGACCAAAUGCAAGAUAUAACACUAGAAGAUCGAUUUACCAAUCAACAUACAGUUAAUCCUGAUCUUCAAGCGUUAGUGAAUUCACCUUUACCCGAUUCUUUAGCUGAAUUUAGCACGUACGGAGCUCCAUAUACCGAAAGUCCUCAUACUUUACCUACACAAUCACCUUUACCAUCUCCAUUAACUCGGCACGACAGUCCAAGCUUUACUUAUCCAACUCCGCCAUCUAGUCAAGAAGGACUUUUAUCAGGAACUUUACCACUCUUGAGUCCUCAAGAUGAUUCAGAUACCGUGAGACCAGUAUCUUCACCUCUCUCAGCAGCGUUUUACACUACCACAUUGUCAUCAGCUGCUGCCGUUGAAGAAGCUUUAAAUGCGGUUCUUCCUGAACAAAAUCAAAAUGAUGCUGAUUUAUAUGGCUCUGGAUCACCUAAUCCAAAUUCUCCACUCCCAAGUCCUUUAUCAGCAACACCAGCCCCGUCACCACUCUCAUCACUUCCACCUUCUUCGGUUUCAUCACCCGGACCAGUUACAUUCUCUUCAUCUGGAUUUCCUGUAUCUCCACAUCAUGCACUUCAGAAUCAAAUGAUGCCAAAUUCUGAGGAUCCAUUACUGUCUUCAAGCCCUAAAGAUUUUGGUGUUGGUCGUAGAAAAUUUGAAUUUCAAUCUUACAAAUUGAUUACCAAUCAAAAUCUUGUGGAUUUUGGACUAGGUAAUGGAAGCCUAGCUAGUAUUGUAGUUGAUAAUAAUGGUGAAUAUAAGCUAAUUCAAACAGCGGGAUUACAAAAAACAAAUGUUUUAGUUCAAGCAAGUUCUUUGAGUCCAACAUUGACUUUUAGAAAAGAAAUACGUCUGACUACACCAAAAAUCGAGCCUAGAAUUAAUUCCAACAAUAUUACGUCAAACCAAGGACUUAACUUAGUCCAAAACCAAUCAUACCAAUCAAAUAGUCAACUCCAGCAGCUCAUAAACCCAGCAAGAUUCAUGAUACAUACGACCCAAGGAUCAAAAAAUACGUUGAAACAUAAAGUUCCAGUUAAUUCAGUUAAUUCUCUACCAAUUCCGAUCGAGCAGAUAAAGGAGGAGCUUCUAGACGAUGAUAUAUUUCUCAGUCCUGGCAAUGUUCCAACUAGUAGUCCCUUGAGACAAAGUAGAAAAAGACCGAGAAUAGAUGGCAACUGCCAUUCGUAUCCUUCACGACUGAGACGUGCCUGUGAUCGUCACUGGGACAGUAGUUAUACUCCACCGCCAAUUUUAGACCCGUCACGACUUGGGUCUGGACUUUACGCAAGGCUGCCUCCCUACGAGCGAGAUUCUGAGCUCAGCUCUGAUGAAUCACAGAGUAACCAUCAAGAUGGCCCUCCACCAAGAAUUAAUAUUGGUACAAAAUAUCAAGCUGUAAUACCACCCCUAGGUUGUGAAGAGAAACGGCACAGUGGUCGAGAAACUGAUCAUUUACUCUGGGAUCCUGGUAUCUCUAAAAGCUUAACUGACAAUGCACUGGAGAUGUAUCUACAGUUUGCUUGUUGUGCCAGUGUUCCUGGUGGUGGUAGAAACAAAGAGUAUGCACUCCAUCUUUUACACAUGUGUAGAGGAAAUAUUCAUGAGGCAAUGAUAAAGCUCAUGAGACCAACUCCGACACUGCCACCACAGCAUCCACUCUUGAGCUACGAGUGCCGUGAGUCUGACCGCUGGACAACCCAAGAAAUGGAAGCAUUCUACCAAGGUUUACUUGAAUACCACAAAGACUUUACUGGCAUUGCUCGUGAUAUAUGUACAAAAACAGUGAAGCAGUGCACACAAUUUUAUUACUUCUGGAAGAAAGUGUGUCCUGAUGAGUACAAGAAUGUUCGAGCACGUCAUGGUAAACCAAAAAUCAAGCUAGAGAACAAAAUUUACAAGGAUACUAAAGACACUAGGGAGCUCAGAGAUGCUAUUGCUUCAGUUACAGAAAUGGAUUUCAGUGAAGAGAACUCUAUAUUGCAUCGAACCCUUUUACAGACAAAUGAAAGAGAAUCAUCUGCAACACUGACAACCAGUGAAGGGGAAUUAAGGCUUUUUGCCUACGACUGCCCUGAUAGCUUUAGCGGAAGUGUAACAGUAACGAUGGCCGGAAGCACCCAUACCGGCGUAUCCGGCAAUACCGGCCACGCCACAGUCAACACCAACUCACAAACUCACAUUAGUUCUGAGCAACAACUACCCGUGUCCACCCCACUUCACUACCCCUGCAAGAUUUGCGGGAAAAUUUUCAACAAAGUGAAAAGCCGAAGUGCUCACAUGAAAUCUCAUCGGCCAAUAGCCUUACCCGACUCAACGGAAUCUAAAAAGCUCCCAGGUCAACAUCACCAACAACAUCAGCAGCCGCAACAAACUCAAAAACAAAAUCGAAUACAGCAAAAUUUAACACAAAUAACAGUGGAUUAUCAGCAAAAAGGACUGUCUAAUAGCAAUGAAACAAGUAAUUUAAGUGCUAAUCAUUUAUGGCACAAUCCUACAAGAUUGCGACCACCAUAGACUAGACAAAUUCAUCAUGCACUCAAGGUAUCACCACCUUUUAUCAUAGCACCAAUGUCUCUUAUGCUUCAAUGUACAAAUAAAUGUACAAUUGAUUUGUUAAUCGUCGUUACUUAAUUACAUUUGACGACUACAAAACCAAUAACCGAAUAACUAUGAAUUGACAUUCCUCAAGUUAAAUCUAUUGAUGAAGAUUAUUGGCCUAAAAUCUCAUUUAAGAGUGCAACUCAAGUUUCCCUUGGUGGUCUAAAUGAUUUAAAUAUUUCAUAAAUGAAUCAAUGAAUUCAUUUACUAUUAUUAAAUAAAAUUAUUUACUAAAUAAUAUUAAAAAUAAAAUAUUUAUAAUAAAUGAUUGUAGAUAUCUGAACAAUAAUAAUAAUGAUGACGACGAUAAUAAUUAUAGAUGUAAACUUUCAAAUGCUCGGUUCAAAUAACUCUGUAUAAGAGUUAUUGCAUAGAAAACAAAGAAAUAAUGAUAAAAUAAAUUUAGUAAAGAAAUAAAAAUAUUUCCAAUAAUUUUGAUAAUUAAAUGUGAUGUGAAAUGUUAUUCAUAAAGUUUCCAACGUGUAUAAUAUUAUACUUUAUUAUUGUUAUUAUUGUUAUUAUUAUUGUUUUUUUUUUUUUUUGCUAUUCUUUGAUCUUCCUUCAA